CUUGUAAGCUUCAUUUAUAAUUCAGGGUGCAGUUGUUUCUUCGGUGAGUAUAAACUGAAACCUCAACCUUUGCUGGACCUCCCUGAGUCCUUCCGAUUUUGCUGUUAGCUAUUAGAGCCGGCCGGAAAAUACAAGCGGCAUGGGGGAGGUUGCGAGACGGCGCCCCAUCAUUGCUGGCAGAGAAAGGGGGCCCGGGCCUGGGCGCUAUGCUCUUCCCCCCACUAUCGGUUUCAUAAACCAUGACUACACCAAACCCAGCAGCCCGGCCUAUUCCUUCCACAGCCGAAUGAGCAGCAACAUGGUGGCUGUGGACUCCAGUCCGGGUCCUCAGUAUCACAUAGAUGCCAGAAUGACACGCUUUGGAAGAGAUGGCACCCCGUCAUACUCCAUGCUUGGUAGAAAGAAGAAGACAGCUGAGACAUUUCAGACUCCUGGACCAGGAGCCUACAGUCCUGAGAAAGCACCACCUUUAAACUUGCACUACAAACCUCCAUCUUACACCAUGGCUCUUCGUACACACUACCGCACUGUGGAUGCUGUACCCGCCCCCAACCGCUACACUUUACCCAACCUCACUGGCUCCAAUGUCCCUCACAAACCCUCCAGCGCCAGCUUCUCAAUAUCAGCUCGCAGGAAAGCAGGUGGUCCAUCAGAGGAUCUAUCCAUGACUCCAGGGCCUGGCCGGUACAACAGCACAGAACCUAGUGUUUACCUGAACAGACAGCCAUCUUUCUCCAUUCAAAGCCGUCCGACUAUUCCCACCGAUGCCACACGGAAGCCCGGCCCAGGAACACACAGCCCUGAGAAGGUGAUGACACACCUGCCUCGUGCACCAUCUUUCUCUCUAGGUAUUCGUCACUCGGAGUUUGUAACCCCACUGAUUGUUGAUGUUUCAGACUAAAGAAUCUAAUGCAGUGUUUUGUGGACACUCCUACUGAAAAUAGCAGGA